UAAAAAUUUUACAUAAAGGUUCGAUUCGCUCAUAUCAUGAAUUUAGGUCAUUACCGUUACAAUUAGGUAAAUAUGACGAACCGAUACACAGAAGGUGAGCAAAGUUUGAUUUUGAAGUUGAUUCAGUACUUCCAAGGGGAAAAAGAAGCAGGCAAAACUUUAACACCCGUAAGCGCAGUAUAUGAUAGGGUUUGUGCUGCCCUGGGUGUAUCGUUGUGGACUGUAAAAAGAAUUAGUACAAGAGGUGUUAAAAAAGAUGACGAUUACAAAUCGCAAAAAAGUGUGGCUAUUAGUUUAUCUCACGGACCUCCGCUGCAUGAAAUACAUGAACAUGGAAGAUUUGCUUCAAAUGAAGACGUUCGCGAGAACACUUAUGGAAUUGAUUUUAUAGGUGAGAAUGUUACACUCCGUUCUUUACACAGUAAUCUUCAACGACUUGAUGGCCAAGUCCGCGGAGACUAUCAUGACUCCAUGAAUUGCCUUAACUUUGAGAAGUGGUUUGAACAACAAUUGCUCCCGAACUUGGAUGAACCUUCUCUUAUAAUUAUGGACAACGCUUCUUACCAUUCAGGAUUGGUAGAAAAAAGUCCAAAUCAAUGCUGGACAAAAAUGUCACUUAUAGAGUGGCUAACAUCACGAGACAUUACAUUUGCACCAACAAUGAUGCAAGAUCAGAUCUGGGAAGUAGUGAAAAAUCAUAUACCACCAAAACUAUUUAGAUUGAACGAAUUAGCAUUACAACAUGGUCAUCGUGUUUUGAGACUUCCUCCAUAUCACUGCGAGUAUAAUCCAAUCGAAAUGGUAUGGUCAGAAUGCAAACGGCAUUACGAUGCAAGGAUCGGUUCAAUUCUGCCUGUCACACACAGUGCCGUUUUGUCUUUAUGGAAUGAGGCACUGCACAAAGUUACACCGGAAAAAUGGAAAAGAUAUUUUGAUCAUACAAGAGGCAUUAUAAACCAGGCCUGGGAACGGGAACAACAUAUUGAUACAUUAGACAUCUUACCGGUGAUUGUCAACUUGGACGAAUCUGAUAGUAACGAAGAUUAUUAUGAUGAUUAUAUUCAUGAGGCAGAAGAGAAUCAGCGUGUUUAA